GUGUCCGGGGCGGGGCGGGGCCUGGAGGGGGCGUGGCCGACGCGGCGCUUCCCGCGGCAAAAGUGCGGCGGGCGCCAACUUCGGGCAAACUUUCCCCGCGCGCCGCCGGCACCUACACCCCCGGAGCCGGGACCCUCCCGGCCCCCCGGCCCCCCCGGACUCCCCGCCAUGCCCCGCCGCGGCUGACACCGCCGCCAUGUACUCCCCGUACUGCCUCACCCAGGAUGAGUUCCACCCCUUCAUCGAGGCGCUGCUGCCCCACGUCCGGGCCUUCUCCUACACCUGGUUCAACCUGCAGGCCCGCAAGCGCAAGUACUUCAAGAAGCACGAGAAGCGGAUGUCGAAGGAGGAGGAGCGCGCUGUCAAGGACGAGCUGCUGGGCGAGAAGCCUGAGGUCAAGCAGAAGUGGGCCUCGCGCCUCCUGGCCAAGCUGCGCAAGGACAUCCGGCCCGAGUGCCGCGAGGACUUCGUGCUCUCCGUCACCGGCAAAAAAGCGCCCUGCUGCGUCCUCUCCAACCCCGACCAGAAGGGCAAGAUCCGCCGCAUCGACUGCCUGCGCCAGGCUGACAAGGUCUGGCGCCUGGACCUGGUGAUGGUCAUCCUCUUCAAGGGCGUCCCGCUGGAGAGCACCGACGGCGAACGCCUGGCCAAGGCGCCCCAGUGUGCCAGCCCCGGUCUCUGCGUCCAGCCCCACCACAUCGGCGUCACCAUCAAGGAGCUCGACCUCUACCUGGCCUAUUUCGUCCACGCGCCCGACUCCGGACAAUCUGACAGUUCAAACCCCCAGGGAGACGCGGACAUCAAACCACUGCCCAACGGGCACCUGACCUUCCAGGACUGCUUCGUGACGUCGGGUGUCUGGAAUGUGACGGAGCUGGUGAGGGUGUCCCAGACCCCUGUGGCGACGGCAUCGGGCCCCAACUUCUCGCUGGCCGACCUGGAGAGCCCAGGGGGCUACUACAACAUCAGCCCCGUCGCCCUCGGCCGCCGGCCCCUGGGGCCCCCUGCUGCCAGCGGCCCAAAGCGCCCCAAGGCGCUGGACGAGGGGGACCUGGAAGGUCCUGGGGACGACGUCUUCUACCCCGGGCCAGGGCGGUCCCCAGCCCCCGGCAGCAGCCAGGGUCCCUGGGGGGGGGACGUUGACACCGGCCCGGCGGCGCUGAAGAAGUCGGGGAAGUUGGAUUUCUGCAGCGCCCUGUCGGGGCACGGGGCCGCCCCCCGCAUGGCCUUCGGCCACCACCCCCUGCCCGUCCUGGCUGGCGUCCGCCCCGGCAGCCCGCGGGCCACGGCCUCGGCGCUGCACUUCCCGUCGGGGUCCCUCCUGCCCCAGUCGAGCCCCUACUUCGCCCAUCCCACCAUCCGCUACCACCACGGGCAGGACUCGCUCAAGGACUUCGUCCAGUUCGUCUGCGCCGACGGCGCCGCCCAGGGCCCCCAGGUGGGACAGCCGUGCGGGGCGCAGGGCCGGGCCGGGGGGGCUGCGGGGGCCCCCCUGGCCCGGCCCUUGCCCCUGCCCCCGCCGGAGCCCAAAGCCCCCAGCGGCCCCCAGGGCGGAGCGCCCGCGGCACCCCCAUUCGCAGCGUCAGGCGCCGCCGCUGCCCCCCGCCUUGUCGGCCUCGGACCCCGCGACGGCAACUUUCUGACCCUCCCCCAGCAGCAGUCCUGGUUCCUCUGACGCUGCCCCUGGACGAGGAGAAACCGCCCGGAAAAAGGAGAAAAAAAGACAAAAAAAAGCCGCAGCCCCCUGGCCCCCCCCCGCCGCCGUCCACCCCCGGGGGGGCCCCAACCCCCCCCCGACGUGGAUGAGGGUUCGGCCUCUCUGAUGUGUGUCCCCCUCCGGGAUCCCCCCCACCCCCCCAAUCGCCCUCUUCCCCCCCCCCCCCCCCCCCCCCCCCCCGGCACAGACAGGGUCACCCCGGGCCCCCCCAGGGGUGUUUGGGCCCCCCCGCCCCAGCCGCAAUUUGGGGGGGGGACGAGGCCCCUGGGAGGGGGGGUUGGGGUGGGGGGGCACACGUGUGUGCACUUGCACCACACCUGUGCGUGCACGCACAACGUCGUUGCACACGCGUGUGCGCACCCGGCACCAUAUGGUCACACUACACACACGCGCGUGUCUGCACACACACACACACCCCCCACCCCACCCCCCCCACACCGUGGGCACGGUCACAUGUGUGCACCCCCCCCACCCCCACACACGCAUGUGCCCUGGUCACCAGCACUCGCACACGCACCGCACACGCGUGUGCUGGGGGGCCCCCUUGCUGCAGGCCAGCGAGCGGGGCCGGGGGGGCCCGAAACACCCUGAAUCCCCCAAAAUGCCCCUCCCCUCCCCCGGCUUUGGGGUCCCCCUGACCCUCCUCCCCCCCCCCCUCCCCAGCUCAUUUUUUUAAUUAAGUGCAAUUACCCCCGGGCGAGGCCCCCCCCUCCCCUCCUUGGGGUCAAACUCACGUGUACCGGGGUCCAACCCCGCUUGGGGUCAAACCCCCCUCCCCCUGGGUUUGGGGUCAAACCCCCCCCUGUUUUGGGUCAGACCCCUCCGUCAGGGGCUCAUCCCCCUUUUGGGGUUAACCCCCCCAUCCCCCUUUUUGGUCCAAUCCCCCCAUUUGGGGUCAAACCACCCCACUGUGGGUCCCCCCUCCCCCUCAGGGGUUGAACCCCCCUGUUUAGGGUCAACCCCCCCCCCCCUUUUGAUGCCCCCCUCCCCCCAGGGCCAACACCCCCCCCCCCCCCUCCUUGGGGUCAAACCUCCCAUUCUGGGGUCAAACCCCUCCUUUUUCGGGUGUCCCCCCCCCAGCUCUCCAAGUGCUUUUUUGGGGGAACCCCACAAUUUUCCCUGAUUUUGCCCAUCGGGAUGUACCCCCUGGCAAUUUUGUGUUUUUUAUUAUCGUUUUUGGGUAGUUUUGCUCCGGCUCUGCAUUCCAGGGGUCACCGGGGGCCCCAACUCCCUACGUGGGGCCCAUAACCGGGGGCGGGGGGGGGGCAGCCGGGGUGGGAUUUGGGAGCAUUUUGCUCAUUUUGGGGUUUUCUGCACCUUUGGCUGAUUUCGGUGUUGGGGGGACGAGAUGAGGCCCCCCCCACCCGGGGGCAGUUUGGGGGGGUCCAGCACCCCCCCUGGCCCCCAGGUUUUGGGGUCAGAUGGACCAAAAUUGCAUUUGCCUUAGACCCCUCCGUGUGCCUUCCCCCCCCCCAUGGGCCCCCCAAAAUGGGGACAAUCAUUAGGGCCCCCGUUUUGGGGACCCCCACUCUGGGGUGAACCCUCUCUUUGUGGCCCCUUCCCCCUGGUUUUUGGGACCUCCGGGGACCCCCACCAGCAGUGCCCCCCCGGGAAACAGCCCCCCCCUCCCCAUUUUUGGGCUCCUCCCAUUUUGGGGCCCCCGUUGGGGCCUCCCACCAGCAAUGGGGCCCCCAACAUUUGGGGACCCCCCACCAGCAAUGGGCCCCUCCCCGGGCAGUGGGAAUCUCCCCACCCCCUUCAGUUCUGGGUACCCCGAUUUCGGGAACCCCGUCCCCCCCAAGCUCUGGGUGGGGGUGUACGAUGUUGGGGGGCGUCGCUCUCGGGGCCCCCCCCACACCAGCGUUGCACAUUUGGGGACCCCUAGGUCGCCCCUCACCCCCGCACGUGGUAGUGACGUCAUUUCCCGUUGGGGUGGGUCGGCCCCUCCCCCCAGACCGAGGAGAAAAGGAAAAAUCCCCCCAAAGGCGCCGCCCGCGAGCGGGAAGGAGGAAAAAAUCCGCGGAAAAGGGGCAAAAAGACAAAAAAGGAAAUAAAGUGUCGUACCCGC